AUUCCUCGAGUCGCACCAGAAGGGAGGACCGGAUGAUGGAGUCCGUCUCUGUUCUAUUUGAGGGACGAUCUCCAUAUUCCAUCGUUGCUUCUUGUUGGGGAAGCGGUCGUGUGCUGCUUCCCGAAAUUAGGUUCUUUUUCUUUGGUCUUUCUAAAUCACGUGAGGUGCGCAGGAUCAGGAACCCUAAGCUCCGGCAAUUUCUUGGUGGGAUGACGAAAAUCUGCGAUCUUGGUGGGGUUUUGGUGGUUUUUCUCUGAAACAAUUCAUCAAAGUUUCGAUUUUGAUGAAUGUUCCUUGAGAUUGGCGUUAUGUUCCUCGUAGCAUGCUAGUGGAAAGCUUGAUGUGAUCAAGCCGAGGGAGGAGAAAUUGAGGGACAUCCCACCAGCAUUUCCCAUCCGACUCCCAUUGAGACCGUGUCUUCCUUCUUUGAGAGGCUCCCCGUCCAUGAACUUUGAGAUGGGGAGCAAUGAGGCAGGAUUUUCGUCAAAGGAUUCUGAUGUGAUGAAAGAGAAGGCAAGGUCAGAGUCGAGGGAAUUCGGUCAUGGAAUCAAGUCAUCCUUGGGAGGUCCAGUAGAUGAGAAGGGUGGCCACAAUGAUUAUGUCAAGAGGGAGGCCUUGAACAAGGACCAACAUCAGGUGCAUUCUUCCAGUCUGGAAGAGCUUGAGAAGCUGGUUUUAGAGAUAAAAGCAGAAGUGAAACAAAAAGAGGAGGAGAAUGUUGCAUUGUCACAGCAAAUUCAGCAGUAUGAGAAAAAGUGGUCACUGUGCGAGGAGAAAAUGAAGUCCAUGGAGGAGAUGUAUAAGAAACAGAUAGAGACUUUGACGAUGAACAUAGCUGCAGUAGAGAAGAGCCUCGCUACUAAUGGCACAAAUAAGCAGCCUGGAAAUUUUGAUACUUCUUCAUAUACUCAUGGUCAUGACUCCAAAGGUGCUAUCCCUGCCAAUGCACGAACACCUGAUGGAACACCACCUAAACACUUAACAAAAGAGUUUGAGCAGCAGAAACAGGUAUUUCCGGAGGAUGCACAUGUUCCUACUGAGGUGAAAUCUGGGCAAUCAGGGUCUGUUGCAAAACCUAUUGAAGAACUGCAUAAGUUGAAGGUUGCUUAUGCUGCUUGGAAGAAGGACUACAAGGCCCGUCUGCAUGAUACAAAAGCAGCACUUCGGAAACUUAAGAAAUUGGAAGGUGAGAAGCCACGUAGAAGAUGGUGGGGCAAGAAAAGAAAGAAGCAUGAUAAAUAGAACUUUACUAUGAUGCCAGCUCUUUGCUUGAUUGUUCACUAGAUCAUGGUGGUUCUCUGCAUGGCCAACCCGACACAUUUAUUGUUAUAAAGACAGAGAUGCUGCUGCUACGAUUGAAGUGUGCUCUUUCUUUUGUGUAUCCUGUCAUUGGCUUUUCCUGCUUGGGGUUCCCAAGGACAUGUGUACUUCUGACAUUUUGGUUACAUGAGAAUAACAUAAUAAUCAUAUGGUUUA